GAAGCAAAUUGAACAGAGUUGUUGCUGUAAUGGGAAUCCAUUUCACGGCAUGGCAUGGCAUCGCAUCAAUCAUAAGGCUACGGCUGGCAUUUCAUGCGGGGCCCUGCCGGCGCCCCACUCCCCACAGUCCCUCAAUUAGCUAACUCUUGGCCACACUAGGUGGUCCUUGGCUCCUGGGCCAGCUUCCGUUGCAGUGGAGACACCCAUUGCUUGAUGUUGUUGUUGUUGGAGUGGUUUAGUUUGCGAGUGUUGGUGUUGAUAUCGUUGUUACCGUUGCUGCGUUCUCAGGUUUUGACGUAGUAGCCACCUAUGUCUUUCCCUUGCUUGACCACCAGGGGCAAUGCGUGUCAAGUUCGUGUGAGCGGCAGGAAUUGGGUUCUGUUUGAAUUCAAUCAAGCCAAGUGAAAUGGAUAUACUAUCGAGCAGAUCUAAUACGAAACAGGAUGAAGAAAAGUACAGACACUGGUUCGAUUACGCCGACGCAGAUGGCGACGGAAGACUUACUGGCGAUGAUGCAGUCAAGUUUUUCUCUCUCUCUCAGUUGCCUAGGGCAGAAUUGAAGCAGGUGUGGGCGAUUGCUGAUGUAAAGCGACAGGGAUUUCUUGGCUUCAAGGAGUUCGUUUCUGCUAUGCAGGUUAUAUCAUUACUUCAGUCAGGCAACGAUAUCGGUCCUGAUAUUCUCAAGAAUGCUGAUCUGGAGAAGAUUGGUGCACCCACCAUGGUUGGGCUGGUAGAGCUACUGUCGAAAGGAUUACGUGGAUCCAAAUCUUCAAAUGGUUCAAUCCACAGUAAUGGUUCUUCUCCACAACAACAGGCUUCACAAACAUCACAGUGGUUUAGAGAGAAGACUCCACGAAGGUCACUUUCAUCAGUAUCAGUUACCUCAAUUGUGGAUGGCUUGAAAAAGCUCUACAUUGAGAAACUGAAGCCUUUAGAAGUUACUUACCGUUUCAACGAUUUCGUUUCUCCCACACUGACAGAGAGUGACUUUGAUGCGAAGCCGCAGGUGAUGCUUCUGGGUCAAUACUCAACAGGGAAAACGACUUUCAUUAAGCAUUUGCUGCGGACUAGUUACCCAGGAGCACACAUUGGACCUGAACCUACUACUGAUCGAUUUGUUGUAGUCAUGGGGGGAGCAGAUGAGCGGAACGUGCCUGGAAAUACAAUUGUAGUUCAGGCAGACAUGCCUUUCAGUGGCCUCACCAGAUUUGGCCAGGCUUUCCUUGCAAAGUUCGAGUGUUCGCAAAUGCCCCACCCUUUGUUGGAUCACAUUACGUUUGUGGACACUCCCGGAGUGUUGUCUGGAGAGAAGCAGAGGACACAAAGGAGCUACGAUUUCACAGGCGUCACUGAAUGGUUUGCAUCGAAGUGUGACCUUAUUCUGCUACUUUUCGAUCCUCACAAGCUCGACAUUAGUGAUGAGUUCAAAAGAGUUAUCACCUCUCUUCGUGGGAAUACUGACAAGAUACGCAUUGUUUUGAACAAGGCUGACCAAGUUGACACCCAACAGUUGAUGAGGGUGUAUGGCGCGCUCAUGUGGUCCUUGGGCAAGGUGCUCAAUACACCUGAAGUCAUGCGAGUGUACAUUGGGUCUUUCAAUGAUCGGCCAAUUGAUGAGACAAAAUUAGGGCCGAUUGGAAAAGACUUAUUCGAAAGAGAACAAGAGGAUCUGCUGUCCGAUUUGAAGGACAUUCCAAGAAAGGCUUGCGAUCGAAAGAUCAACGAGUUUGUGAAGAGGGCAAGACAAGCUAAGAUUCAUGCCUACAUUAUAGGUCAACUGAAGAAGGAAAUGCCAGCCAUGAUGGGCAAGAGUAAAGCUCAACAACGCUUGAUUGAUAACUUGGAAGACCAAUUCGCAAAGGUGCAAAGAGAAUUCCACCUGCCUCCUGGUGACUUCCCAAGCGUAGAGCACUACAGAGAAAGACUUGCUGGAUACAACUUCGAUAAGUUUGAGAAACUGAAGCCUAAGAUGUUGCAAGCAGUUGAUGAUAUGUUGGGCUAUGAUAUUCCAGAGUUGCUCAAGAAGUUCCGCAACCCGUAUGACAAUUAGGGCCACCAAAAAACUGUUUCCUUCGGUGAGGUGAAAAGAUUUCAACAUUUAGCAAUGAAUAGCUGUGGCUUGGAAAUCCAGUGCCCCCAAAUGCGUAGUAGCGUCUACAAUGCCUCAUGAACAGAAAUUUCUGGAUACUUGUAACUAUUAGAAUCACACUAGAUUUAAAGUGGAGCUCAACAUCUUGGUUGGCUACUCGUUCUUGAUUGGCUCAUAUACGCAUGUCAAAAGCAUGUAUUAUAGUUUGUUGAAUUUACUACUGUUAAGGAUUUCUGUACCGUUACUUCAGUCAAAAUUUCAGUUUGAA